AGUUGGAUUGCAUUAGAUUGUGCAGGUGGGCCUAACAUGGAUACUGUACUGGAUGUUUGCUCCAGGACUCUACCCAAUUACUCUAUCCAUCCUGGAAUAGAAGCACAUUGUGUCCAUUAUGCAACAUUAAGUCGAGAGAAAAGAGCAGCUGCCUUUAUCUGUAUCCCUACUGGACAAUUAUCUGAUAUCUGAUAUGAUAUAUUAACUUGUCUUCGCCUCCCUGCUGGUAUUGAGGUCCAAAUGGAUGGGGCUUCCCUCACAUUAAAAAAAAAACAGAAUCUGCGAAUUUGUGGGGUGCAGGGAUCCACUGUAAUAGGAAAUAGUAUGAAAUAAUGUUACAGUGAAGUUCUGAAAAAUAACAUUUUUUAUUGCAAGUCUCUUCAAAAUAUAAACUGUACAAAACAAAAACAUAUACAGAUACAUCUGGGUUAAUUACAAUAUCGUUGAACCAUUUCAAGCAGUGAAUUUUUUUUUAAAUAGAAAUCAAAAUCAUAAAAUUCAAAUAUGAACUGCAAAAAAUGUCUUGAGCCUUUAACUGGUAUUUUAGUCUGUGUUGAAAUCCUGAAAUCAAAUAACUUUUACCCGAUAUUCUCAUUUAUUGAAAUGCACCAGCAUAACCAGGAUGCAGCAUUAGCUGAAGGCGCCACGGUCCACGUAGGGAUAAGCCAGGAAAUCUCCCAGCUUAUUUCCGUCUUUGUCGUAGUGCAGCAUACGGAAACACUUGUCGCAAAACAGACAUGGGUUACUUGGGGCGAACUGGUCGCCGAUUGUGCACCAUCUGCAAAUGAUAUAUAUAUUUUUUUAAAUAAGUGUUUUUUUUAAAUACUUUUUUCAUAACCUACCUUCCAAUGAAGGUGUAGCAAACGGCACAUUUAUGCAUCAAGACCCGGUGCUUGUGUGUCAAGAGCGGGUACAGCUUCCGGUCCAGGCAGUCGUCCUUGUGAAUCAGCCUGCAAAUAUUGAUGAGGAGACAAGAGGAUGAAAGCUUCCAAUUGGCUGCAGAGUAUCAUGAGAUUUCCUUUUCAAGGGCGGCUUUAAUAUGUUGUCACGGCACCAAAAGGAUACCGUUGCUUCAGGCGUCUGGGUGCGUGGUAUUUACAAACUUGUGCGUGAGCCUCCUGAGCCACGUCAUAAAGGAACGUCUUGUAAAAAGCAGCCAAACAAUGUGCUUUUACAGACAUUUCUCAAGCGCAUUAUGUUUUUAAAGGCUUGGCCGGCUUAAAUGACGUAGAUUCAUGGAAGCACAAAGGGUGAGUUGAUUCAGUGAAUACAGUCCGAGCGCAGCUACAUCAGUCAAAACAACCAUCUAGUGCACACUGGAUACUCUGCAUUCAUAGUCCAUCUGCCAUCAAAAUUGUUAAAUUAGGAGUAUUUUUACCUCCGCCAAGCACAACGUGAAGGUUAUGUUUUUGCCGGCGCGUAUCUGUUUGUAUGUUUGUCUGUGUUGGAAAUAACUGAAAGUUCUGAAUGGAAUUGUCAGAAAUAGGAUAUGGAAGAACUGAUUAAAUGUCAGGUGACCCUGAUCCCUGUCUGGGCAUCAACUAAUAACCAAUAAAAAUAGCUAACAACCUAUAAAAAUAGCUAGAGCACUUGUUCAGGACAUUUAUCCUACCCGGUACAUUGGGCUAUCAUGCUUGAUGUUAGCAUGCUCACGUUCGCAUGUUAGCAUUUUUUUUUUACUAUUUUCAUGGGUAGACACAAACAACACUAUCAUGAUGUUAGCAUUGCUAGCAUGCUAAUAGUAACAUAAUAGCAUUUUUAGGCGUUUUCAUGGAUAGACACUUAUAUGAAUUCUUAGCAUUAUAGUAUUAGCAUAGUAGCAUUUUAGCCAUUUUUAUAGGUAGACACUUAAUUAAACCUUUCAUCAGAAAAAUAUAUAGUUUCUUCCUUUUUCCGUUCUUUAGUCAUCAGCAGGGUAAACACAGGAAAAAUCUAAUCAAAAAUAUAUAUUUCAAGCACAACUUUCACUUUAUCACAAAUGUAGCCAUAUAUAUUUAGCCACAAUUUAGCCUAAAUAUGUAAACAACUAUGCCACAACAUGAAAAAACAUGUUUUACAUGAAAAUAACCAUUUCUUUACAAAUAUAACACCAUUGGACUAUUUAUAAUUUUCACAUGUGUAACUGAACAGAAUUUUCUUUUCUAGUUUGCGUUAUUUUUCUCAUUCUAGAUGCUGUGAACUUCUGUUUUUAUGCCAGGGUAUUGCCACAGCAGAGAGAUCUUUUUCAUAACCAACUUCCCGUAGCUUUAGUCAUGUUCACUUCUUUAGACAACAAACAAGCAGACCGUGUAAAAAAAAAAAAAAAAAACAGCGCUAUUUUAACCACACAGUCAACAGAAUCCUUUUGUGUCAAUGAAUACGCUCAUCUCAGAAAGAUACCAUUCAAAAUUAAUUGAGAUGAUUCCUAAAAAGUUCCACACAAGAUGGUCUGAGAAUUCAACUAAAAAUACAGUGAUGACUUUAAGCAACUUUUGAGUUUUGUACCUUACGUCUGUGAUGAUGACAACAUGCUCGCAGUCUCCUUGAUGACAGUAGAGAUACGGGAAGCCCACUUUGAUCUCCAGAUCCGCAAACUUUGUGUCCUCCAUCUUGGCCUUGCGGUAUGGUGGGAAUUUGUUGGCCUUUGCCCACUUGAUUGUGGUCCUGCAGAGAUAGCGUUCCAAAAUGUUCUUUGCUUAUACAGUACGUCAUAUUAAAAGGUCCCCAUUAUACUAUUUGAAAUACAUGCUACGCAGCAAUCAGGAUAGAGGUUAUGCUUUGAUUGCGUUCAAAUGCGCGCAGAUGCAUGCACACACGUAGUUCACUUGCAAAUGUGAAAAUGGUAAGUAGUUCAUGGCGUUAUUUUUUUGCUAAAACUUACUUAUGUUCUACUGCUGCAGAAAAAGGGUAGAAACAAACCAACUAGUCUAAUCAUUCUUUUGAUAUAUACCAUGUCUAUAUAUCCCAAAAGCACAAUUAUGUGUGAAAAAUCAGUCAAAAUCAUCAAAAAUGGCCGGUACCCGAGAGGGACAGGUUUGAAACCUUUAAUCAUGUGCUACACAAGUUGGUUCCAGUGGUUUAGGAUGGAUAACCUAUAUUAUAGUAAGUGCAAUGUUAUGGCCUAAAUAGUUGCCUCUGUUCUAUUUAACCUUAUUUUAGUAUAUGUUUGACCGCACUGAUUUAAAUGUGCAUAAAGACUUCAUCAGAGCAUCUCUUUCUGGAGCAUAGCGUCUUUGGUUUAUGUAAUCGCAUCAUUUAAUGACAAAAAAGUCUUUCACUGAGUAUGACAGCUGAUAUUCAUCCUCACGCAACGGCCUCCCAUGGAUCACGCAGGCUGUUUAUCGAUCAAUCCAAUCCACUUUAUUUAUAUAGCACAUUUUAUAAACAGAGUUUCCAAAGUGCUGCACAAACUAGUAAAAUUAAAAAGUAAUAAUCCAAAACUAAAAGAUCAUUUAAGAAAUAAAAUAGUAAAAUAGAUAUUAAAAUAUUAAAAACAAGAAACAAAGCAAUAAAAGUCUAAAAAAUAAAACCAAUUACAAUAAAAACAAAGAACUAAAAGACACAGGACCAUACGACUCACUCAGAGUUAAAAGCCAGAGAAUAAAAGUGGGUUUUAAGACGAGACUUAAAGCUUUCGAUGUUGGGGGCCUUUUUAUACUUGGGAGGGGAGAGAGUUCCAUAGUUUGGGGCCAACCACAGAAAAGGCUCGGUCCCGCCUGGUCUUAAGUCUUGUCUUAGGCACUACAAGUUGGAGCUGGCCCUCGGACCUCAGUGACCGCGCUGGAGAGUAAAUUUGGAUGAGGUCCGAGAUGUAUUUUUGGGGGCCAGCCCAUUCAACGCCUUAAAAACAAACAAUACAAUCUUAAAAUCAAUCCUAAAACGAACAGGCAACCAAUGCAGGGAGGCCAGAAUUGGGGUGAUGUGCUCCCCCUUUUUGGUUCCUGUUAAAAGCCAUGCCGCAGAGUUUUGGCUAAUUCCAGAGUAAAGUACAUUACAGUAGUCCAGACGUGAUGAAAUAAAAGCGUGCAUGACUUGCUCAAAGUGUUGCAAAGAUAAAAAAGAUUUUAUUUUAGAUAAAAGCCGAAGAUGAUAAAAACAAGAUUUUAUAACUGCAUUGAUUUGUUUGUUGAGUUUAAAAUCACUGUCUAUUAUGACGCCAAGGCGAAUGCUGUUUUGGAGGGGGCCGAAGUCUAUAGGGGGGCCUUUAUAGUUGAGGAGGAUAGCUUCGGUCUUCUCCUCGUUAAGCAUUAAAAAGUUCGGUCUCUGCUGGAGCAGCUAAAGAUAGCCAAGAAGUCAUCCAUUUGUACUCACUCGCUGAUGUCGCGACACUCGGGGUAUCUCAUAUCGUUAUAGAACACUCCUUCAAAGAAAAAGAAGGCCGACUUGAAGUGAUCCUGAAACGCACAAGAAAACAGCACCUCCUGGUAACAGACGUACGACUCGAGGAGGGAGGGAAUGCACGCUAUACACACUACGCUCACUUUGCUGAUGAAGUCUGGCGCCAUUUCGGGCGUGUUGCUUAACUCUCCAGACACCUGCAAGUCACUGGCGCAGCAGAUGGCAUCCCUGAGCUCCGUCAGGCUUUGGGAGCCCAGCAGCAGCAGCGUCACGUGGGGUCUAACAUAGACAAACUGCAAGGAAGGGACAAGAGGGUUGACGUUCGGGUUCAAAAAAACAAAUCAAGGUCUGGGGCUAUUCUAAAUGCUUAGAUUAGAAGGGUGACAACCCCCCCUCUACUGCCAAAAAAAUAGACAAGGGUCAUUUGAGAACUAAAUAACACGCUCUAACAGAGUGUCAACUUUGACAUUAGCUACACAUUCUUCCUUUGCCAACACUUGUCAAUCCAUGGGGUUGUUCCUACAAUUUAAGAAUGUUGGAAUAAUCCUUUGAAGUUUAAACCGGAAGCUGAAAUUUAGCAACAUGCUCCUGUAUGACAUGGACUUCCUUAGCCAACAGUCUAUGGAAUUUUGACUUGACAAUAUGAUGGAACUACAGGACGUUCUUAGCCAACAAACCACUUCCAUCCCUACAACCGUGAUGUUGAUUUUUAGUCAUUCACAAUAUUAAAGAUGUUAAAUACACUAAUUAAAAGGAAAUGGUAAUUAAAAAAACUCAUUUUUAUCCCUAUGGUUGUCUUGCACACUGGAAGGGAUGUUGCAAGGGAGGGAGAGAUGAGCUUAUUUCCAUAAUGAGACCAAUAUGCUGCUAAGUUAUCACGGUCCAUUUCAUAGGAGCAGAUCCUUUGACGUGUUCAAGAGUACCAGAAUCAAUACUUGAGACAUAAUGAAGGGGGGUAUUCAUAGGAGGUCUGUUUUUCUCUUCGUAAACUGUUAAUUUGUGUGCGUCGAAACCAUGACCGCCUGUAAUCAUUUUCGGGAUCAAAAUUGAAACCAGGAAAGAUGCCGUAAUGAUAUGGUAAUGGUAAUGGUUUAAUUUCAUUUGAACAUGCAUCAGAUUAUAAUUGAGUGCAUCCCAUAAUCAGUUCACAGUUCCACAUGUCCAAAAGGAGUAGGAAGAAGCAAAGCUUAUUAAAUCCUACCCCUCCAUCUGGUACUUUUUACAAUCAGUAACUGAUUUGUUCUCUUCCUGCUUUCCAUAAUACAGUUUAAGGUUUUUUUUAUUUUAUUUAUUUUUUGUCCCGUACCAAAGUACGAGGUGAUAUGAUAUGAUAUACGUAUAUCAACUGCUUAAGUAUUUGUGAUUUUUGAAAUGGCUCUGCAACUUAGAGUUUAUGAUCAUGUUAUUUGCAAUAAUAAAAACUUUUGCCAUUACACUAUUAUAGGAAUGAUCCUUCAAAUUAUGAACAAAGCAAACAAAAAACACAAAUACGGAACAGUUGCGUACUACUUGAAAAUAUGUAACAUGCUCUCUAACGAGCGCCUUCUUCUUUAGGUUAAAAAUAUAUAUAUAUAAUCCUUAGCAAAGAACGUUCCUCACCUUUUCAAAAGUAGCCGGGUAGUAGGCGUUGAUUGUCAGAAUGACCUCUCCCUCUGGGAUUAGAUGUUCCAGCGACUCUGGUCUUAUCGCCACGAACAGUCGCGCCUUGUUAAUACAAAUGGAAAAAAAUGUAAUACUACUAUAAACAAACAGCUAUUCCCAUCCCAGUCGACUCACCUGCUCAUCUGCAUAAAGGUCGUGUCUGCUCUUGCCAAUUUUAAGAGACGCUUUGUAGUCUUGAUGCUUCUUCCUUUCGCUGUCCAAGACAAAUCAAAGUGGUUUCAAAGCUGUCACUUAAAAUGAAUAAAGAAAGAAAUGGUCAUACAUGAGGGUUUUCAGCGAUGCAUCUUCGGGUACGACUUCUGGGUCAGGUUGCUGGUCCUCGGGAUGGCAAUGCAGUGCCGCAGUGCUUAGGCAAGAAGAAAAAUAUCAAAUGUAUUUUAUAAAGUGUGUGUGUUUAAUUUCAAAUGGAUCUAUGUCCUGGCUGCAUCAUACUGUGUAUAACAGGAAGUGUCUACUACCUGAACGCUGUAGGUAGAAUUUGGAUGUCUUAUUUCCUGAGUACAGUUGCUGUGGUGGAUGUUGUGUUUAUGUCACAGCUGAUAUUUACGUCGAUUUAAUGGACUAUAAGUUCAACAGGUGGGAUUUGGGGUCUGUUUCCUGACCCCACAACCAAAUAAUGCGAUGGCGGCUGUGUCUAUUUCCUGACUCAAUUAUAUGUAAUGAAGAUUGUGACUAAUGAGGGUUGUAGAUAUUUCCUGUUUACAUGCUGACAGCACUAUGUAGUCAUAAACCAUUUGCUUUUUCACUUUUCGUAAAAGUUAUGUUGUAUGUUAUGGUAGCGUACGGUAACGUAAAUCUAACAUUGUACCUGCAUACAUCUUUGAGUUCCCGCAUCAGGUCGACGCUGACACCCAUCUCACGGGCAAAGUUGGCGUGAAAGGUGUCUUCGUUUUCCGGCUUGUAAGAAUAUUCAGACUGUUUUAGUCUGUUCAGCCAUUCCUUUCUGAACGAGUCGACGUGGAACGUUUUUGUAUUUCCAUCGCCGGGUUCGUAGUCUGGGAUGUUUGGAUUGUGCUCCACUGUAGUUGUUGGCGCCGCCAUGUUUACCGGAAAAGGAAAGGCGUGCAAAGGAUUGUGGGUAUUGUAGUAACAUAAGCAGCUGAUCGCAAAUGGCGCUGGAAUUAGCAAACAUCAUUCUAAAUCAUGACAAGUUGAUAGGUAAUGUUAAAUGUUACUUGGAUGUAUUUUAUGUUUAUAUUAUGAGUUGAAUACACACGAGUAGUCGUUUUCCAGUUGACGUUUUCAUGAAAAUUACACAAAAAAUACAUUGUUUAUAUUUUUCGAUCAAAGCUAACUUGCUACUGAUCCAAUAAAGCAAUAUUUUCUAUUAAUUUUUGACAAAGUGCUACAAAUACACAUUUAGUAUGUACAUAUACAGCUAAAAUAUGUAUUAUAUUACAUUUCUAGCAUAGAAAGCAUUCAGAAAUGGAUCUUGCGUUUCUUGAAAAUGUAACAUAACAUAUGAAUUAUGUAACUGUGGCAUAUAUAUAGACCCCUUAGAGCUCACUCCUAUGUCUAGCAAUCACCACCACCUGCAAUUACACGAGUGCUUUUAUGCCUUUUGCUUAGCCAACAGCACUAUAUACAUAAAGCUAAUCACAAUUUCAUGCUCCAGUUUGGCUCUUUUGUUCACUCUUAGAUGCUAAAACAACCGGUGGAUUGUGUCUUGUAGGAUCAGGAGAUGUAAGAGUGGGCCGGCUGGUGCUCAGUCCAGCCUUAGUAGCGUAUAAAUAGUGAGGAGGAUCCAAAGAGCAUCUAACUCCAAGGAGGACUGCUCAAGAGGCUGCAAAAGAUGGACCAAGACUGUUCCAGUAUGGAUGCAUUAAAACCCCAAAUGGAGUUAGAGGACGCAUUGAAGGAAUGUUCCAUCGCCCUGGAUCUCUUUCUAAACAACAGGUUUGCUGACGCUUUGGCACUUUUAAAACCCUGGAAGAGCCAGAGCAUGUACCACGCCAUGGGCUACAGCAGCAUCCUGGUGAUGCAGGCGGGCAUGACCUUUGACCCAAAGGACAUGGAUAGUGCCAUGGAGUCACUGAGCGAGUCCCUGCUGACUUGCCAGAGAUUCAGAAGGAAAACAGGAAUAAUGGAGACACUGGCUAGUCUCUGGUAUAGGCAAGCACCUGAAACCCUGACAGAAGAGGAGAUGCACGCAGAGCUUUGCUACGCCGAAGUGCUGCUGCAGAAGGCGGCGCUCACCUUUCUUGACGAGACCAUCAUCGGCUUCAUCAAGGGAGGCAUGAGGAUCCGAAACAGCUAUCAGAUUUUUAAGGAGUGUCAAGCUAUGGCGAAUGCCAGUAAGAAUUUGAAAAAGAAGAACAAGACAAACAUCCACUUCCGAGGAGGUGUCAACAUGGGCAUUGGAUCAUUUAAUUUGAUGCUCUCGCUACUCCCGGCCAGAGUCCUCAAGCUGAUGGAGUUUUUGGGUUUCUCAGGUGACAGGGAGUUGGGCUUGUCCGAGUUGCGAGCGGGAGCAUCGAGCGACAGUUUGCGCUCCAUCCUGAGCACCUUGACUCUGCUCAUGUAUCACCUUUACAUCUCGGUCAUUCUGGGCUCCGGUGAUGUGGACCUAAGUGAGGCAGAGGCUCUGCUGGAGCCUUUUGCUAAAAGGUUCCCAAAUGGGGCUCUGAUCGUUUUCUACAGUGCGAGGAUUGCCUUGCUCAAAGGAAACAUCACACUGGCUCAAGAAAAGUUCCACGCGUGUAUUGCCGCUCAGCAGGAGUGGCGUCAGAUCCAUCACCUGUGCUACUGGGAGCUGAUGUGGGCCUACUCCUUUGAACAGAACUGGAGGGAGGCAUACCAUUACGCUGACCUGCUCUGUAAAGAAAGCAAGUGGUCACAGGCCGUCUAUGUAUUUCAGAAGGCCUCCAUACUGAGCAUGCUCCCAGAGAAGGAAGUGAAAAAACUGGGUGAAAACGUGGGGGACUUAUUCAGGGAGGUGGACGGUCUGAGGAUGAGGAUGGCUGGAAAAUCCAUUCCUACUGAAAAGUUUGCCGCCAAGAAGGCUCAGAGAUACACCUCCUCUAAGCCUGUCAAACUAGCCGUCCCAGCUCUGGAGAUGAUGUAUGUGUGGAAUGGCUUCACUAUCGUUGGCAAACGAGCCGACUUGACCGAAAGCAUUCUGGAGACUUUACACAAAGCAGAGGAUGACCUCAAGUAUAAUCCAGACCCAUCAGAAUACCACCUGGAUGACCAGUGUGUUGUCCAGCUCCUCAAGGGUUUGUGUCUGAGGCAGUUAGGGCACUUGGACCAGGCUGAGAUCUGCUUCAACCGUGUCAUUGCCAGUGAAAGUGACCUGAGGUAUGACACCUACCUGGUGCCGUUCACCAUGUACGAGCUGGGCCUGCUACACAAGCAGAGAGGCGACAUCGACAAAGCCAUCUCUGUCAUCGAAUGCGCCAAGAUGGACUACAAGGACUACAGCAUGGAGUCACGGUUACACUUCCGCAUCCACGCUGUGCUCAAUAGCAUGGGCUCCUUUGCAGCUAAAAUGCCACCCUCGCGUACACCAGCUUGAGUGGUUCCACUCAAGAAUCCACUGAAUGAAUGGAGAUUGAGGUGGGAGGAGGAUGAGCCCUGUGUAGGCACUCCUACUUCCCAAUAGUUGUCUUGUUAGUAGUCGGCUUGUUGACACAAUACAGUUUUGUACCAUAACUGUGAGGCUUCUGUAAUGUACUUUCUUAUCUAUGCCAUCUCUUUUAUCCAUCCAUAUAACUAUUUUGUAUUCAAACAAGUAGCUGGGUACACCCUGGACUGGUCGUACAUCUGUUUUGUUAUACAUAUUAUCUUAGCAAGGAAUAUGAUACAAUAUGUUGAUGUAUUUUGUAAGUAUUAUUUUUUGUCCUCAGACUUAAUAAUGAACCUUGGGGAAAUGGCCUUUUUUGCAGUCGUGUUCAUUCAUUUUGACACAUAUAUGAUAUAACAGUAUUAUUAACGCCUAUUUCGAUAAUAAAGCUGUUUUAUAUUUGCAUGCUCAGGAUUUCAAUGAUGUUGCAUGCAGUGUUUUUUUAAAUUCAAAACUAA